AACUCGAAAUAAAGUUCAGCCUCACAAAUUUACUAAAAGCAUUGAGUAAUGUUACCCUGAAUUAAUUGUAACAAUAAAUUAGGUCUAUCAACAUUAACAAUCCCAAGCACGUUGCCAUAUCUCAUCAAAUACGACGAAUAUCUACUUCAACCUAUAAGCAACACUAAUUAUCAAUAUGGAUGAUACUGAGCGUCGCACAGCAAAACGGUCGCGCUUCGAUCAAAAGGAGCCUGAGCCGAAGAGGACCUCCAGAUUCGAUAGACGCUCAAGAUCACCGCCUGCGAGAAAGGUAGAGCCAAGGCGAAGCAGAUCUCCGCUUGGACGACGCACUUCUACUAGCCCAGCUCCUGAAUCCGCAAAGAAAAAUGGUGCAGAUCCAGCUGCUGCUGCAGGUAAAUAUAUAUCUUAUAACUACCUUCGAUAUAUGAUAUAUCGAUGCUAAUCCAAUGUUUUAUAGCUGCCGCUGCCGCAAAAAUCAAUGCACAAAUUCAAGCUAAGAAAGGAAUUCAACAUGCCGAUGUGCCACCUAUUCGCGCAACUGAAAGUCCAGUGGGAAAGUCAGCAUCUCCAGGAACCCCAGGACCCGGAGCAGGUAACAGUGCAAGCAAUAUAAAUGGUGAGAUGUACAUCGCAGAUGGCGAUUAUAUCAAAGAUAUCGAAGUCAACGAUUUGCGAAACCGCUAUACACUGACUAAAGGUUCUACUCAAAAGACGGUAAUUACUCCUUGUGUUAUACUCCACUGAUACAUCAGGCUUUCUUCAUAGGUCUAGCCAUGAAUCAUCUCUCUAUAUUCUCUCCCCACUUUUCAAAGUAAUAUCAUUAUUGUGUGUGGAGACUUUCAAGCUUACCUGAGCGCGAAUAGCAUCAUACACAUAUACCCUUUUGGCAUCUGCUGACCUCCGCUGCGUGACAUCUAGAUUAAGGAAGAAACCGGCGCUGGUAUGCUAUACCUACAACUCAUUAUUUUUAGAGAUUUUAAUGUUGACUUUUAAAGAUGUCACCACACGAGGAAAUUAUUAUCCGGAUAAAAGCAUGGCUACGGCUGCUGUAAGUUAUUCCCUCGCCUACAAUACUUGAGAAAUGGUCUAAUAAAAUUUGUUUAGAAUCCCCCACUUUAUCUCCACGUUACGAGCCAAACCAAGCGAGGCCUCGAGCAAGCAGUUCAGAAGAUCGAAGAACUAAUGAAGCAGGAACUUCCUAACUUGGUCGAUGAACGUCGAUUCCGUAGACGCGAGCCUGAACAAGUUGAAAGAGAUGAGUUCGGAAGAGUGGGUUUCCCUUUCUACACGAAAUGAAUGCAGGUUGCUAACAAAACAAACAGCGCAAAUGGCCUGAGGAGAAGAUUGCCAUUGAUUUUGAACCAAUUCCAGGCUUUAACCUUCGUGCCCAAGUUGUUGGUCAUGGCGGAGCUUACGUAAAGCAUAUUCAACAGGAAACUAGAUGCCGUGUUCAAAUCAAGGGACGUGGUUCUGGUUUCAUGGAGCAUGGCACCGGUCGCGAGAGUGAUGAGGAUAUGUAUCUCCACGUUGCGUAAGUUUAUGUUGUUCGUAUCUCUGGAGCUUUUCACUAACACUCUUCUAGUGGCCCUGAUCCAAAUGAGGUACAAAAGGCCAAGGAGCUUUGUGAGGAUCUUCUCAAAAAUGUUCGAGAGCAAUACGAAGAGUUCAAGGCUCGUCCACCUCAACAACGUGGUUAUGGUCAAGGCACCGGUUACUCGGGAGAGCGAGGCUAUGGAGACCGGGCUCCAGACAGGUCCAACUCGUAUGGUGGCGGAUACAAUAACUAUAACAAAUCACCAGCUCCCAACACUCCUAAUGCAGGCAGUCCUUCAACUCCUGGAGACUAUGGCUCAGCACAUGCCGCUCAAUACUAUGCUACAGGUGCUGAUCCUUAUGCUCAAUAUGGUGGGUAUGAGGCAUACGUUCAAUACUAUCAGCAGUAUAUGGCUGCCAUGGCUCAAUAUCAACAGCAGCAACAGGGUGCUCCUGGUUCAGGUCCUCCACCACCUCCAAGCGAAGCACCACCCCCACCACCUGGUGGAUCGGUAUGUAUAAAGAUUUCUCUGCCCAUAUUUUCUUGAUCCAGAUUUAGAGGCUAGGUUUGCAAGACUGCCCUAUUACUAAAAAGAAACGGGCAGUCAAAAUCAAAAAUUUGAGAGAAACUAACUAACCUUUGAACUUUAGGCGCCUCCUCCACCAUCAGGUCCACCACCAGGGAGUAAUAACGGUUACAGCGCCGUCCCACCUCCACCCGGAAUGUGAACGCUUUUGUCAAGGUCCGCUGUUGCCAUGUCAUUUUGCAAUUGCUCCAAGGGUGUUCAUCGCGGAAAUUAUGGAUACUUGUCUCGUACUGACAAGGUUUAGAGUACAUUUGGCACAGGGCAUUGUACAACACCCUGUAAACAAACUUCAAUCACAUAGGUAUAAUCGUGCAUAAAAACGGGAAAGGAAUGGUCAAUCAAUCAACUCAAUUUUACUAAAUAUCU